GCCUACCCGCGCUGGAACGUUCCUUUCCAUUUGUGACGUACUGGCUUUGCGCCGGAAGUGUCGGGUUAAUGGUGAAAUGGAGGCUGAGGAGAGUAGUUCUUCGGUGGUUCCGCUGCCGCAAGAUGUUCAGUCCGUUGUGCGGGGAGGGUUCCGGUGCCUCCUGUGCGGGGUCAACAUCCCAAACCGUCCAAGCUUAACAGAUCACUUGAGUGGCCGGCGUCAUGUGCGGCUAUGUGAGGAGCGAGACAAACGCAAUCAGCAGCAGGAGCGCAGUGUGUAUGUCAGUAAUUUCCCACGUGAGACAUCUGAGGAGGAGCUGAGGGAUGUCUUUCAGAAAAUUUCUCCUGUCAGGAACAUAGUGAUGGAUAAGGAUCGGGGCCUUUAUGCAAUUGUGGAGUUUGAGAGUAAGGAUGGCAUGUGUGCAGCCUUAGAAGAGCCUCAAAUAAAGCUUAGUGGAAAACGUUUGCGGGUAAAACCACGAGAAAAGAAGGAGUUUCAAAGGAAAAAGGGAGGCUCACCCCGAACAUUGCAACCUCCAGAUCCUGAAGCUUUGAGCAAGGAACUGCUGAACUGUGCUGAUGUAGAGCAGCAAAUAAAAAAACUGGUUUCUCUGUGUUCUCCAUCUCAUCAUGAGAGUCACCUGCGAGAGUUACUGCUCUCACUGCUACAGGAAACGUUUACAGAGUUCUUCCCAGGAUGCCAACUUCUUCCCUUUGGUUCUUCUGUAAAUGGCUUUGAGAUUAGUGGCUGUGACUUGGAUUUAUAUUUGGAUCUUGGAGAUGAUGAGGCAGAGAAUGUGGAGGGAAAGGCAGAGAAAGAGAUACAAAAUCGAGAGGAGAGCUCCACUGACAUGGAAGUAAGUAUAGAAGACCCCGAAACAGAGAGGAAAGAAGAGGAAAUGGAAAUCGGAAACAGCAAGAACGAUGAAGACGAGGAUGUCACUCCAGGUCUUUCUCUGAAAGGUCUUUCCAGUGAGGAGAUUCUAGAAGUGGUAGGAAAAGUCUUACGUCACUGUGUGCCUGGUGUACAUGGAGUCCAGAGUGUCCCCACUGCCCGUCGCCCUGUUAUACACUUCCAGCACAAGACAUCUGGACUAAGAGGAGAUGUCACCCUAAACAACAGGCUUGCUCUUCGUAAUUCAUCCUUCUUGCGCCUCUGCUCUGAUUUGGACGCUCGUGUACCGCAGCUUGUGUACACAGUGAGAUAUUGGGCUAGAGUUAACCAGCUUGCAGGUAAUCCAUUUGGGGGCGGACCAUUGCUGAAUAAUUAUGCUUUGACACUCCUAGUAUUCUUUUUCCUGCAAACAAGAAAUCCUCCUGUCCUUCCCACAUUAGUUCAUCUAAGAGAAGAAACUGCUAAUGAGGUCCCUCAAGUGAUUGAUGGCUGGGACUGCAGCUUUCCGUCAGAUCCAGCACAAGUUAAAGAAAGUGGCAAUCAGCAGAGUUUGAGUUCUCUUCUCUCCGAGUUCUUCUCUUUCUACGCUUCUUUGGACCUGCAUCUGCUCAUCCUCUGUCCAUGCAAUGGUUUGACCAUUCCACUUCCAUUCUCCUCUCCACCACCUGCCUGGUCAGAAGGUUUCCGUUUGGGACCACUCAAUAUCCAAGAUCCAUUUGAACUGAGUCACAAUGUCUGUGGCAAUGUCAGCUCUCGUGCAGCUCGCCGCUUCAUCUCUCACUGUGCAGCUGCUGCCAGGAUCUGCCGUACCCCCAAUUACAACUUGCAUUCUACCUCCCAUCCAUGGGGGAUCACUCCAAUUCUCUUACCUCCACCCACUGAGAGAGAGUGUGUUGGGAGAGGAGGAACUGAAAUCUCAAUACCUCUGGGAGGUGUUUCACCUGAAAAAACAUAUGCAGCUGUGAGUAAGGUCUUUGUGGAUGUACUGUUGUGUACACUGGAAGAAGGCAGAGAAGACAGCUGUCAAGAAGGGAAAGCUUUGGAAUUAAGCACAAAACACGCAAAGGCUCAGUGUAAAGUAGAGAAGAAUGAAGUAGGGGGGGAAUUAGGGGAACAAGAGGUGCCAUGCAAAGCUGAGCAAAAUAAUACUAAAGAAGCUUCCAAGCAAAAAAGCAUCUUUAAAACCGAGGAGGGGAUGACUGAAUCAGCCAGGAGAAAACGAGAAAUGACAGAGCCAUGCAUGAGUGAUAUGACCAAUGGUAAAAAGAGAAGACUAGAAUUUACUAGAGGCAUUUGGGAUCAUCACCUAGCUACAUCUGCCAUGGAAGAAGAAAUGUGUGGGGAAGCACAUAAAGAUUCCAAAACAAAGAUAGACUACUCUAACAAUGGCACUGCACAAUGGGAGUUGCUAGUGUGGCACCGAGUGUGGGAAGGCAGGCGCAAGGAAAGGAGGCGCAAGCAGAAAGGGGAAGCCGAUGGUGUAGAGCUGGAGAUUGCUGUGUCUCAAGCACUGGCUCUGGAAAAAGAGGACAAAUGUGAUGGGCCGCUGAUGAAAUUAAUACUUACAGCUCAACUGACUGUUAAAGAAUCUUUGCAGCUUUAUCUGACACCAAAAUUUGACCCCCAGGGCCUUAGCUCCACAUUCUUUCACUUCUUAGAGGGUUAUCUACCUCGCAUGGUGGCACAAAUUCAAGGUUGUGGGGACCCAGUGUAAGGAUAUUCAAUAAUGAGAAAAAAAAAAAAACAGUUUUAAGGGGAAACUUGUAUUGGGCAUUAGCUUAUAAUAAGCUGUGGGUAAUGGUAAAUAUCCAUUUACAUCUUAGUAUUUUUAUUUGUUUAAUCUGUCCUUCAGUUGUACCUGCUUAACACUGACCCUUGACAAGUCAAUACACAUAGAGGUUAUGUACAUACUAGCGUGCCAAGAGCUACGGUGGCAUAUAUUAUAGGCUAGCUACUAUUUCAUCUACAGGCAAAUUAGUUGCAUGAUAGAUGCAAACAUGGAAGUGGCUUCUACAGAUGUGUAACAUAGGGCAUACCACCUACAGUGAAACUAUCUGCCACAUGGCUUUUAUAAUUGGCCAGAUCUCGAUCGGCCAGGUUAGAAAAUCCAGUCGGAUCGGGGACCGCAUCGGCUCGUUGAUGCGGUCCCCGAACCGACUGCCCCAUAAGCUCAAAUGUAAUCCGAUCGUUUGGCCCCAGGGCCAAACAAUCUGAUCAUUUUUUUUUUUUUUAAGUCCCUUGCUACCCAAUAUCACCCACCCGUAGGUGGGGAUAUCGGGUAAAGAUCCGCUCGCUUGGCGACAUCGCCAAGCGAGCAGAUCUUAGUGUAUGGGUACCUUAAGGAUGGAAGAAGAAAGUGCAAAGGUAAGGUGCAUUGUGCAGUGUUUAUAUUUCCUUUUUCCUGCAGUGCUCAGCUAGUUAGUCAGCUCUGCAGCCAACCUCUGCAGAAAGUACCUCUUCUGUCUUUGACCAUUACAUAGGAAUAAAUUAUCUAGGUAUAGGAUCUGCAAGGUAAGGGCUAAGAGGUAUAGACAAAACUUUAGCAGUAACUAUUAUAGAAAUGUUAAUUUAAUAAUUUUAAUUAGCUCUGUUCAAUUACCCUUUACACAUUCUGGAAUGGGAUUAGCAUCACAUUUUUCCACCAGGAGAAAACUAAAAGGAAGAGAGUUUGUAUAUUCCCAUGCUUAUAUCCAUAGCUUAUUUGUUACAAACACCUGAGUGCACAAUGGUUUACUCAUGGGGGUUAUUUAUAAAUACUGGGCAAAUUUGCACCCAAGCAGUAACCCACUGGAAACCAAUCAGAUGUUUGCUUUAAUUGUUCUACUUACCACUGCCUGGAAAAAAGCUAAUUACUAAUUGGUUGCUAUGGGCUACUGCCCAGGUGCAAAUUUGCGCAGUGUUUAUAAAUGAGCCCAACUCAGUGACUGUAAAAGAAUGCACUUUGAGCUGACAAGCAUCCUCAGCUUGCUAACAGAAUCCGUGGGAUGUUAAGAAGCCUGUACAUUUGUCUCUAUGUAAAUAAAGCUUUAUAUGAAGCAC